AUGACCACCGAGGAGCCCAUCUCCGUUCCCGAGGCGGUUGCGGUGGAGCCGACCGCCACGGCGCCCAAGAAAAGGCUGAAGCAGCCCACCCGCCCUGAUGAGGCUGAGUACAAGUCGCAGACGGAGGCCCUCCAGCAGAGCAUCGUCGCACACAAGAAGCGCGCCGCGGAGCUGCUGGAUCUCAUGCAGGCACACCGGGAGGGCAGGGGGAAGGACACUGGGGAGCUGCAGGAGGUGAAGACGAAGCUGGCCGAGCUGCGCGCCAAGUUCAACGCCCUCAUGGCCCAGCGGCGCGAGGUGCGCACCCAGCUGGAAAGCGUGACCAAGUCGCGCGACAGCGUGCGCACCGGCCUGCGCGACCUGCGCAGCAACCUGAAGUUCACCAGUGUGGAGGCCAUCGACGCACAGGUGGCGGCUCUGGAGCACCGCCAGGCCCACGCCACGCUUUCCCUGGCGGAGGAGAAGCGGCUGCUGGAGGACAUCCGCGCGCUGAACAAGUCGCGCGCCACGGUGGCGGAGCUGACCGCGGGCAUGGGCCGGCUGGAGGCGGACGACUCCUCCCGCACCUCCCUCCAGGACGGGCUGCGGGGGCUGGGCGACGCGCUGACCGCGCUGCGCGCCGAGGAGGACGGGCUGAAGGCGCGCCUGGCGGAGCUGCAGGCGGAGGCCGCAGCCAAGGGCGCGACCUACCCGGACUGGAAGAACGAGGUGGCGCAGUGCCGCGAGGUGUGCAAGCAGGCCUACGAGAAGAUCAAGGAGCUGCGCGCGGAGAACGACGAGCGCUGGGCGGCGUACAAGGUGGCCAACGCGGAAUGGCGCGAGCAGGACGCCGCGGAGCGCAAGCGUAAGUACGAGGAGCGCCAGCGCGAGCGUGAGGCGCGGGACGCGGAGUGGGCCGCCCGCGCCCUGGAGAACCAGCCGGAGCCAUACGACCGCGAGAUCACCAUGGCUGACCAGCUGAUCAAGUACCUGGCCAAGUACUCCGCGCCCGCCGAGGUGGCGGCCGUGCACAAGACGGCCCCCAAGGAGAUGGAGGGCUUCAAGCCACUCCAGAAAGCGGGCGUGAGCGAGGCGGAUGCCUGGUUCCUGGGCUCUGGCUCAAAGAAGGGCAAGGGCAAGAAGGGCUCCGCAGCUCCCGCCGCGGAGGCCGCGCGCCUGACGCACUCCCUGGACAUCCUGGAGGCCUUUGGCGCGCUCUCCAUCUCGGUGCCCAUCACCGCCGCCGCCGUGCCGGGCACCCUGGCACGCGUGCAGGAGCAGAAGGCGGUCGACGGCAGCAAGGUCGCGCCUGGCGCGGUCUCCGAGCCCGCAGCCGGCGUCGAGCGGAGCGAGGGCUCCGUCUCCGUGGGACUGACCGUGCACCAAGGGGGGGUGGCCCUGGACAUCAGCCACGCCUGA